AUGAAUGGGCAUGGGACCGAGGUUCAACCCGGACGUCCGUCUUCCCCGUCUGGUCCUUUUGGCUACUCCUUUCUCUCCCACAUGGACACCCCCUUUGAGCAGGCGCCUGCUCUUCCCCCAGGACCAUCUCUCCUUGACGAUAACGAAUCCAACAUGCUCGAUAAUUUUUUCAGUACCAUGAAUGCGAAUCAAUUUACGAACGACUUUUGGAUGCGCCAAGAACAUAAGACUGGGACCCCAAAUUUCGAAUGGUCAGCUGAGCUGCCACCAAACUUUGAAGGCUCAACUACGUCUCUAUCACAACCGACCUUUCAGCAACAUGGACUUGGCAAAGUCGGAGGAGGGCUGAUGGCAGGAAAUCCCGCAGGCUCGGAUAUUUUCGCUGCAGCAUCUAUGCUCUACCAGGGUGAUCUUAACGGAUCAGAAUUGGGGUCCACGUUGUCACACCAAGCUUUCGGUGGUCAUUCGCUCCCUCAGAAUAGAACGCAACCCCGAAAUCACUCACACACCGGCAUAGCCGUUCAGGGUCCAGCCCCACCUGGGCCUCGAACCGACGUACCUACCGGAUAUCAUACCUCGGAGAUGUUCUUUGACGUCCGCGACCCUAUUCCCGCGGACCAGCAUCCCUCGCGGAAGGCCCGAAGUCUCCGUUGGGGGUCAGAUGCCAGUUUUAUGGAUCAAGGGUAUCUUCGUCCACCUGAUCAACCCGAUGAGGAGCAGCGGACCAAUGAUUUGCUCGAUCAUCUUGGGUGUUUUGAAACACAGAACAGUGCAUCUAAUACACGGCCACCGAGUCCGGAUCGGAUAGUAGGGAACCCUGCCCGCCAGCCUUCCUUCCGUAGUGCCGUCCCGGAGGAGACUAUCCCCCCACCUCGAAAGCGAUCCAGAGUCGUUAAGGAGGAAGAGAACUACUCAGACGAAGAUGGUGGCGGACUCCAGUCCAGAAAGUCGAGAGGUUCGAUCAGCAAAAUCCGACGCGUCUCGGCAGAUUUGUCCAAAAAACCACGACUGCAAUCAGGGUCAAAGACCGCACGCGAGAAUCUUACCGAAGAGCAAAAGAGAACCAACCACAUCCUUUCUGAGCAAAAACGCCGAAAUCUGAUCCGUCAAGGGUUUGAGGAUUUGUGCAUCCUCGUCCCUGGACUCAGAGGCGGUGGAUUCAGCAAAAGCGCCAUGCUCACCGGAGCCGCCGAUUGGCUUGAAGACCUGCUCCGGGGUAAUGAAAUACUCCAAAGGCAACUGCAUGACCUAAAGAGCAUCAACGGCCUGGUCAUGCCGCGAUGA